AUGAAGUCUAUUUUUUGCCUCUUGCCUCUCGCUGUCGCCGUACUUGCCUCCUCCGGGGCCGAGGAAACAGCUGCCGAAGAUCCCAUCAAGGGCACCGACACCGUUCAUGGCUGCUACUCUUCCGUCGGCGAACUGACGUUCAACAGCACCAAUGCUUUCAACGGCCAAGGCCUCUGCAGUACGUAUUGCAGAGGUGGUGGCUUCGCCGUCGCCGCCUCCCAAAGCUCGGAUUGCUACUGCGGUGACAAGUACCCGCCAGAGAGCACAUUGGUCGACGAUUCCGAGUGCAACGAGCCUUGCCCGGGUUUUAGCGUCGAUGCUUGCGGCGGUGCUGAUACCUACACGGUCUACAACACUGGUGAAAAGGUCAAUGUCGAUUCUUCAUCUGAUGACUCCACGUCGUCUUCGGCAUCAGCAUCUGGCAGCACUACCAUCAAUACUGCCGCCUCUACUGCCGUCUCAACUGGCACCUCGGCGGCCGCAACGACGACAGGCUCGGCCUCAAACGGUACGGCCACCACUGGUACCACUACCUCGACCUCUGCCACUACUGUCAUCACAAACGCCGCUGUUGCUCAGCUUCCCGUUCUCGGCCUCAACUUGGCCGUCUUGGGUCUCGGCGCUGCCGCUCUUGUAUUGUAA